AUGUCGGAGCUUACUACGUCUGCUCUGUCAGAGGCAGUCACCGCUGGAUCUUACAGCUCUAGAAACGCUGACGAUGAUGUGAUACCCACGGCCAUUGUGAUAAAGAACAUCCCUUUUGCAAUUAAAAAAGAGCAACUGCUCGAAGUAAUAGCGAAGAUGAGCUUGCCAUUACCGUAUGCGUUUAACUAUCACUUUGAUAAUGGUGUUUUCCGUGGACUGGCGUUUGCAAACUUUGCUACCACUGAGGAAACCACUCAGGUCGUAAGUACAUUGAAUGGGAAAGAAAUCGGAGGACGUAAACUGCGUGUUGAAUACAAAAAAAUGCUACCGCAGGUGGAGAGGGAGCGCAUUGAGCGUGAAAAACGUGAAAAACGCGGCCAACUGGAAGAACAACACCGCACCACAUCUGCCCUUUCCUUGCAGUCCCUGAACAAGCCUUCUGGCGCUGGAAACAAUAAAAACACGAGCCCCAUCAACUCUUUAAACCAGGCUCCUUCGGCAGACAACACCCCUGCUGCUUCUCAGAGACCACAGACGCCUUUAGGAGGGCUCUCUGGCAUUCAGGGUCAGAAUGUACCACCACCACUUUCUUCCAACCAUAGCUCGCAACUUUUUCAGAGUCUUGUUGGUCAGAGCAAUAAUGAUAAUCAAAACGUUCUCACUGGAAACGCACUUUCGUCGCAGCCACCAAUGGCUCCACAGCCAUUGUUAUCCGCCCAAAACACCGCUACUUCCAUGACCAUGCCUCCUCAAUCAAUAGGAGGUUUCUCUUCUGAGCGCUAUUAUGCACCACUUCCUGCCUCCGCGAACCUUCCGUUACCUCCCCAACAGUUGGACUUUAACGAUCCCGAUGUCUUGGAACUCUACUCGCAGCUUCUCUUAUUUAAGGACCGUGAAAAGAGCUAUCACGAGUUGGCUUAUCCGGUAGGUCUCUCUGCGACCCAGAAGCGAGUAAUCAAUGUUCUUUGCUCAUUUUUGGGGCUUGUGGAAGUUUAUGAUCCCAGUUUUAUCAUUAUUCGUCGCAAGGUUUUGGAUCACGCUGCAUUGCAAUCACACUUGCAGCACGAAGGGCAGCUAUCGUUGAUGCAACCGUUACAGCCCAGUUCAACUGGCGGAUCUGGCAUGUCUCGCUCCCACUCCUACACCUCGUUGCUACAAGCACACGCAACUGCUGCUGCUGCCGCGGGUAGCAACAUGGGCCAGACCACACAGGCGCCACCACCUUCGCAGUCGCCUCUCCUCCAACCCACUGCUAUUCACCACAUGGACUCUCAAAAUCAACAGCAGCAGUCGAUUUUGAGACCACAGGCCUCACAUACCCCUUCAUCCUCUAUUUUGCAAAAUCGUAUACCAACCGGAUACACAAACAAGCACAAUACCCCGUCGUCCAACAACCCGCUGCUCAGAAAUGCCGGUGUUUCACCAACGACAAAUCAAAUACAGCCCAACACGGCCCAGCGUAUGCCCUCGUUUUACUCCCAAACACCUUCAACGCCUAAUUUGGGUGAAAGCCGCUACAACAACUCUCAGAAUCUUGUGCCCCAGCAUACCAACAGCAGCAUCCAUUCCAAUUACUCGGUGCAUUCCUUCCACGAUCCAGCUGUCGCGGCAGCGGAUUCUCAAAACCAUGGAAUGAUGUACGGUUCAUCCCAGAUGGGUUUGGGCGCAGAAUUAGAUGGAGAUCUCAGUCGUUCUUUAAGCGGACUUGAUAUUCAAAAUAAAAGAAAUCUUUGGGGUUGA